AUGGCAACCCAGGCCGGCCAGUCCGGUGGUAACAGAUCCCAAUCCGAAGUCGCCCGAAUGAUCACUGUCCUCAACGACCAGAUCUACACGGAUCCUACUAGCGACAUUUCAGAUGAUCCCAAUUCCGAAAUCAUGGUCCAACCCCUGGGAGCUUGGAAGACGUUGAAGCUUUACAACAGAGCCUGCUGCCGGUAUAAACUACACAUGCUUGAUCGCCAUCACUACGCCACGAAGUCCGUCCGCCAGGGACACUUAUCGGCUCCCGAACCGGAGAAGGACGAAGUCCACAGCCUUUCUGGUACCAAGUCAAUGAAAACCAUCGAAUACCCAAAGACAAUUGGUCAGGCCGUUCUCGAAGCCCUCGAAGCCUUGCCUCACGACCUGGUACUCGACAACGUGGCUCUGGCCCUCGCCCUCAUCUGGUGCCGGCUGAUGGACGAGGUCGACUUCUAUCCUGAGCUGCUCGUCAAAAGGUUCAUUCUGCCGCAGACAUUUCCUGGCUCCCCCGAGCCGAUGCCCGCCGGUCGCGGCCACAGAGCCCGUAACGUACCGGCUGUAUGGGAUGUCCUUCUUCUCGAUGAUAUCCAUACCAUUGGACUCCCUUCCUACCGCAACAAUGCCAGGUUGGGCGAGAAGUGGGUAGGACCCCUUUUCUGUCACCACCUCUUUCACGAGCAUUGGAUUCCCGAGCGCAACAUGAACAGCUCCGUCUUCAGCAGUAUGACGGCCCCCUUUUACCGAGUCGACGUUCUUCACUCCUACCAACCGCCCGAGUCGUCGAACCUCAAUAGCCUAUUUUGGUGUGCACCGGCCAAUGUCGUCCAGUCGCGUUAUUCAACCAUCGCCUUCGUCGACAAUGCCGUCCCCGAACCCCCCCAAGUUGACGGGCUCGCAUUCCAGAACAACAUCGUUUUCAAUCCCGCCGGGUACUUUCCAUCGAUCCCAUGGGGUCUCUGGAAGAACGAGUUCCUUGAGCGAGUCGCCAGCGCAGCAAAUGGCGGCAAGAGUCUGGCGGAAAUCGGCUUCAACCAGAACAGUAUGCUUCCUGAGUGGGACGGCAUGGACCAAAAGUUUGUCAGAGGAGGCCCAACUAUCUCACCCCUUGACAAUAACCAAGUUAGUUCCAAUGCCUCUGUUACCAAUUUGGGUUCCGAGGACGAGGAACCCGAUGAGCAAGAGGAACCAGCGGAACCAGAUGAGCCCGAUGAGCAAGAGGAAUCAGUGAUUCCAGGGGAGCCCGUCGAACAAGAAGAACCAGUGGAACCUGAGGAGCCUGUCGAACAAGAGGAACCAAGGCGGUCCGUGGAAUUCGUCGACAGACAGUACGUGGACGAGCUUUUCCGAAUUGCCCAAGUCCAUUUCAUGAUACCCCCUCUUCAUUUCAGCGACUCGAUGAAGCCCAUCAUCAGUCUCGUUGCGAAGCAUUACGAAGCCCCAGACAACAUUACGCGGGACGAAUUCGAUAUGGAGUUUGGGUAUGCCGUGGAAACGUUCAAGGAGCUCUAUGAUGCAGUGGAAUAUAUAGUCGAUGACAUUCCGUUGGCGGAGGAAGAUUUCGAAACGAGAGUGGUCGACUCAGUUGCCGCUCUCCUUGGACUGGAACCCAACGCUGGCAUUAACGGUAUCAAGGAGGUGAAUGCCGAUCUGGCUGCCAAGCUUGAUGCCAUUCGGUGGCAAGCAACUCACGACAUCGACGGGGUCAGUUUUGCCGAUGACUCUUAUUUCAAAGAGCGCCUCGAUGAGGUUCUCGGCCAUCCUACUAUGGAGGUCUAUGAUUCUCUCUUUGCGCUGCAACAAGCCUACGAGUCGUUGAAGGAUGUAGUCCCUUCGUCCGAAGUCUAA